AUGGCUUCACUAGGACUAAUUUCUGAUUUUGAAUUGGAAAACAAAAGUCAUUUGGGUUAUAAAGGAAAGGUGCUGAAUAUGAGCAAUGGCGGUGGGAAGACUGGAAGACAGCUUGAGCAGCCUGGCCCAUGGAGGAGGAGGAAAGUGGGUGAUGGGGAUGACUUUGCCAGGGCAAUUGCGAAGAUUGCGGUAGCGCAGGUGUGCGAAAGCGAGGGGUUUCAGGCUUUUCAGCAGUCGGCUCUUGAGGCAUUGUCUGACGUUGUGGCUCGGUACAUUUUUAACGUUGGGAAAUCGGCACAUUGCCAUGCUAAUCUUGCAGGAAGAACUGAAUGCCAUGCUUUUGAUGUCAUUCAAGGGUUGGAAGAUAUGGGAUCAGUCCAGGGAUUUGCAGGUGCUUCUGAGGUGGAUCAUUGCCUUGAAAGUUCAGGUGUUAUUAGGGAAAUUUUUCAUUUUGUUAACGAGGGUGAACCGGUUGUGUUUGCGCAUCCCAUUCCUCGGUUUCCAGUUGUGAAGGAACGGGUGCUUAAUCCAAGCUUUUUGCAAAAAGGAGAAGAACCUCCCGGCGAUCAUAUUCCUGCUUGGUUGCCUGCCUUCCCUGAUCCGCAAAAUUAUUCACAGCCACCAGUGGUGAAUGGAAGGGGCACAGAACCUCGUGCAGUAAAAUUUGAGCAAGAAAGAGAGAACGGCAAGGGGGAGUGGCCUGUGUUGAAUUUGAAGCAGCAGAUGGUCUCAAAUAUGUUUGAAAAGUCUGCCUUGGACCCUGCAGAUACUAAGGCAAAACGAAUAGCAGCAGAAGGUAACCCAUUCCUUGCUGCUCCUUUGAAAAUUGAGGACAAGGAAAUUGCAUCUGUUCCCCCUGCAGCCAAGCUUUUCAAUGAUGUAGUUCUGGAUUAUCCUGUGGUUGAAAAUUUCGUUGAAAAUGAACCAAUUUCAGCUUUGGAGACAUUUGCUCCUGCAAUUGAAGCAAUGAAAAGCACAUGCUGUGAUUCUAAGGAAGGCCAGACAAAAAGUUUUGUGAAUGAGAAGCCUAUUGUGCGUUUUAAGAUUGGGAUCAAAAACAAAUUAUUAGGAAGGUCCAUUGGUUUGAUCCCACAAACAGAGGAGCAUAACAAGACUUUGCCAUGGUUUGCGAUGGAAGAUGAGAAGGAUGACAGGAAAAGGAGGGCAGAGAAAAUUCUAAGGGAAUCCUUGGAAAACCCAGAUCAGCUUGUUCAGUUGUAAACUAGAUUUUUCUUUAACUAGAAUCUGUAUACUUGAUCAGGAGAAUGUCAGGAUAGCUAGUUCUGGGAUAUUCAAAUCUUGGUAACUGUCUGGUUAGGAUGGAUAUUACUAUUUUGCUCUGACAUGUUCUCACUUUAACAAUCUUUCAGGUAUGUGCAUGUCAAUUGUUUGGUAGAUCAAUUUAUGAUUCUUUUUAUUGAAGUCCUUUCGAUCUGUAUGAUCUUAUGCUAAAUAUAGCAUACGAAAACAUCUCAACUUCUGACUUGUGGCAGUUAUUCUAAAUUGUGUACUCUACCCUUUUACUUCGUAGUCAGUGCUACAUCCACAGCUAAAUUCCCACAAAAAAUACAAUCACAUUCCUUUAUGGUUAACUACAAACUGGCGGUGGCACCCUGCUGUUUCAAAUCACGUGUUAUAGCUAAUAGUUCAGUGGACAAUGCAUAAGAUUCGUUUAAUAGUUACUCAUAUUUAUCCUCUGCACAUUGUCAUUGUAGCAUGUUCAUGUAUUAACAAGUAGUAUCUCAGCUUCAUGCCUAAAAUGUACAGGGAGAACUAUUUUUCUAGUAUAUAAGUGUUGUAUUUUCCCUUUUUUCUUGUUAGCAUUUUCUGUGUAUCAUCUUGAAAAGCUACAGUUUUUCUUGUACAAAGAGAUUGACUUUUGCACUACCAAUUUAUCUGCAUUUUACAUAUUUUAAUCCAUUUUUCCUUGUUUUAAA